AUGGCUAAUCUACCAACCCAACAAACUCCUUAUAACCGUCCUCCGUCCCCAAAUUUUCGUCCAAUGCAGAAUACUGAUCCCAAUCAACCGGUACAGAGAGGGCCUUCUCCUUAUCGUCCACAACCUCCCGGUCCUGGUGGGGUUUCCCCAAAUCAACGACCUGUUACAGAUCCUCGUUACAGUACCCAACCAUUAUCACCUUUCGGGCGACCUUAUACACCUCCCGGUCCACUUAACCCUCAAACGCGACCGACUCCACCAGGGGUUAGUCCUUCGCCACCAUUACCUUCUGGUUUUCGUCCAUCGCCUCUUUCAAGUAAUAUUCCCCAUUCUGGCGCUCCCUCGGCUGGUCUUCCACCAGGGAUAAGGCCGUCAGUAUCACCAAGUUACAGGCCUGGACAACUACAACAAGGACAAAUACAACAAGGACGUCCACCUUAUCCGGUUCAGCAGACAAAUCCCAAUUAUCAAAUAAUGCAGUCGAAUUCUCCACCUCCAGUCGAGAAUCCAGUAUCACCAACUGGAACCUCGCCUCCGAUUGGGGCACAUAAAGCGAAGCGUUUAUAUCCUAAGCAAAUCAAUGAAGCUUAUACGGAAACCACACAUGAGCAGUAUCCUACAUUUACACCAGCAGUUACUGCUGGGAUAACUGGUCCGCAACAAGUACAACCUUCAAUUCAACAACAACCACCUCAAUUCUUUACCCCCGCAGGAGAUCAAAAUUAUGCAUCAAUGGCGUCCGUACCUACACCAUAUGGCCAACAAUUUUCGCAGUCACAACAACCGUCAUCAAUGGCUGGGAUGACGAAUCAGUUCAGCAAUAUGGGUCUUGGAGGAAAUUCUCAGUCACAAUUAAUUCCAAUUCAUCUUAUUGGUUUACCACCAAAUAUUAUGGAUCUUGAUGCUCCACCACCUACAAUUAAUUUGCCACUUAAUACGUCUGUAACUCCUUCGGACAAAGCGAAUUGUGAUCCAUCCUACAAACGAUCAACUCUCAAUGCCAUUCCUGCCACAUCUUCGCUUCUUUCUAAAUCUCGUCUUCCCCUUGGUUUGGUUAUUACUCCAUAUAGAAGUUUGAAAGAGGGCGACGAUUUGGUUCCGGUUGUCACGGAUACUGUCAUAGCAAGAUGUCGUAGAUGUAGGACUUAUAUUAAUCCGUUCGUAACCUUUGUAGAAGGCGGACAAAAAUGGAAAUGUAACAUGUGUUUUCUGUUAAAUGAAGUUCCACCACAAUUUGAUUGGGACAUACAGACAAAUAAACAGGCUGACAGAUGGAAACGUGCUGAAUUAAAUCAUGCUGUUGUCGAAUUUGUGGCGCCGACAGAGUACAUGGUACGUCCACCUCAACCUCCAGUAUAUUUAUUUGUUAUAGAUGUUUCAUAUCCUGCAGUACAAUCCGGUGUUGUUGCAACGGCCGCUAGAACCAUCCUGGAAUCGUUAGAUCGAUUACCUAAUGAAGAAAACCGUACAAAAAUUGGUUUCAUUACAGUGGACACUUCGCUACAUUUUUAUAGCCUUAAUUCUAAUUCAUCGGUGCCACAAAUGCUUGUUGUGUCCGAUAUUGAAGAUGUAUUUCUUCCACAACCUGAUGAUUUAUUGGUAAAUUUGACGGAAGCUCGGGCAGUUGUUGAAUCUUUACUUGGAAGUCUUGGCGAUAUGUUCAAAGAUACUCAAACUAUUGGCAAUGCUUUGGUAUUACAAUCAAGUUUACCAAAUAUUAAUCCUGGAUCUCUAAAGACGCGUGAUGAUCCUAAGGUUUUGGGUACUCCUAAAGAGUCUUCUUUAUUACAAUCUGCGGAUCCUUUUUAUAAAAAAUUUGCAGUUGACUGUUCCCGUUCUCAAGUUUGUGUGGAUAUGUUUUUACUUGGUUCGCAAUACUCAGAUGUAGCUACACUAGGUUGUUGUCCGCGAUACACGGGAGGACAAACAUAUUUUUAUCCAGCAUUCAAUGCAGGAAGAUCAGAAGAUGCACUUAAAUUCGCACAUGAAUUUGCCGAAUUUUUGGCGAGCCCUAUUGCACUAGAAGCAGUUAUGAGAGUACGAGCUUCGAAAGGUAUACGUAUGACUGCUUUUCAUGGAAAUUUUUUCGUUCGUCAAACGGAUCUUCUGGCUUUACCUAAUGUCUCAAGGGAUCACUCGUAUACAAUUGAAGUGGAUAUUGAAGAAAAUAUUACAACUCAAACAGUAUGCUUCCAAACUGCUCUUUUACACACAACUUGUUUUGGUGAACGUCGAAUUCGGGUACUUACGCUUGCGUUACCGGUAACCAAUAGUAUUAGUGAACUGUUUGCUUCUGCUGAUCAAGUUGCGAUAACUACACUAUUAGCAAAUAAAGCGGUUGAACGAUCGUUAUCCUCAAAACUGGAGGAUGCUCGAGACGCAUUAACUAACAAGAUGAUUGAUAUUCUUGGUGUAUACAAGUCGGCCCUCACAAGUUCCCAAUCUGGAGCUUCACCUCAAUUACAAAUUUGUAAUAAUCUUAAAUUAUUACCCUUGCUAUCACUUGGACUGCUUAAACAUGUUGGUCUCCGUGCAAGUUCGCAAAUUCCAACAGAUUUGCGUUCAUACGCGAUGUGUUUAUUGACAACAAUGCCCUCUCAGCUAUUAAUUCCUUAUUUACAUCCACGAUUUUAUUCACUGCAUAAUUUGUCACAAGAAUCUGGAACGUAUGGAACUGAGGGUAUAAUAAUGCCUAAGCCGCUUAAUCUUAGUAGUGAAAAAUUAGAACGGCAUGGUGCAUAUUUAUUAGAGGAUAGUCAAAAUAUUUUCAUUUGGAUUGGCAGACAAGUGUCGCCUCAAUUAUGUAUGGAUUUAUUAGAUGUUCGUUCAUAUGAAGAAAUUCGUGCUGGAAAGGUUACUCUACCACAGCUUGAUAAUGUAUUUUCACAACGGGUGAAUGCAAUAGUUGGUAAAACUAGGGAGAUGCGACGUGGUGUUUAUUAUCCUCACCUUUAUAUAGUUAAGGAAGAUGGUGAUCCAUCAUUACGGUUGUGGUUUUUAUCACAUAUUAUUGAAGACCGCACAGACACUGUUAUGAGCUAUCACCAAUGGUUAGCUCAUUUGAAAGAUAAGGGAAGGUUAACAGAUUCUUGUAUUGUGGUUACAAGUAAUCAGCAAGUAAAUAAGCAUGAAACAAAGAAAAGAUUCCACAUUCCUGCCGUCUACAUGGCAGACAGGAAAUAUGGCCAACCUUUGCACACAGAAUGUUUAUCGCCUAUAUGGCAGAUGAUUGUCUCCCUUUGCACUUCCAGUACGACCGCCGUCUAUAUGACAGGCGCGGGACGAAAGUAUUCUAAAUUUAAGUGUGAACAGAGAGCGCGUGACGUUGAAGACUUCUUUAAGAGCCAACCGGCUUCGAAAUGGUCUUUUGAGCUUUACAUUGAUAAUUUUCUUGCGGAUCCCAAUCUUGACUAUACGGUCGAUGUGAACCAACUACCUAAAAUGGCUCCAGGUAUAACCCUUGUGAGUACAUGCAGAGAAGUCUUUGCUGCUAAGAUAAAUCUCGAGAAAAAAUUUCAAUUGAAUUCGGUGUUUAAGAAAUCGGUCGAUAUCACCGCUCAAACAAGAGGCUUUAAAGCUUUUUUACAACCUGUUCCAUCAGAAACGGAAUUAUCACCAUCGGUUUUUCCAUCAGAAACGUCAUCGAUCUCUUUAUCUUUCUUGCCAAAAAAGAACAUUCCGUUACCAUUUUCAAAUACUUUCCAGCCUUCAGACGCUUCAGAUACUUUACCGCCUAAAACUCCGACACAAUCUCUCCGGGAAUUAACACAUUUAUUGAACACACCUAACAAGCGGCCAAUAGAGAAGGAAGAACUCUGGCACUACACUCAAAGCAAUUUCGUUAUAUGUGCAUUUGCGUUGACAACUAAAGAAUUGGAAGCGGAAAUUGGCAUAGAACUCGCCAAAGAGUUGUCUUCUAUGCGUGACAAAAAUCCUGCUAUAUGGAAUCCUGCCUUAGAGGAGUAUAUAGAUACCACUCUCAAGGAAUCUGGGGACAAGUUUAAAGACGUGGUUCGAAACAAGGAUAUUAGAGAUAUAGAUGAGUCUUUUCGCCUAUAUUGUGAGAAAAUUCUCUCCGAUUUUUACAACCUCGUAGACGUUAGUCCCACUAUGAAUAGAAAAAUAGGCGAGCGAAAGCAUAUAGUUUACCAAGUAUCAGCACUAUUUAAAUUUUACGAAAGAACGUUUUUAACCUUAGAUAUCGAUUGGAUAGAAUCUCACUCUCGUUCCGCAAAAAUAUUAAAGUCGGAAUCAAACUCGGAAGUCGCAGGUCCUCCCUGUAAUGCUACUUAUAAACAUGUUUUAGGCGACUCGAAAAAAACUUUCCAGACCGAUAUUUUAAAUCUAAUUUCGAUAUUGCGGGAACACCUUGACUGUGACAUUGACCUUGCAACCAAGAUCAAGGUGUUCAGCACACAAUCGAUCC